AUGUUGUUGUCCCAGUGCCAUUGGCGCAAAACUCCCUCACUGAGCUGGGUACUUACGGCUUUACUCGUAUUCAGUCAAGUUGCCCGGGUUUCAUCGGUGCUAACAUCCUUGCCCGAAGGAGAACAGCGCUGCAAAGGUACGGGCUUGGACUAUUCCCGACUCCAGACCGUCUCGACCGAAAAUGCCGCAGGCAUCCAUGCUCAAUCUUCUUCGGAUGAUGGAACCACGAGUUCGUUUGUUGUCAAUCAAGCCUUUCCGGUCCGUCUUGCCACUGCCGGAGUGAAUGGAGAGGCGUCGUCUUGUGUUGUCCAGCGCCUGCGCAUCAAUGAAGCCAUCAAUGGGAUCCCCAUUUAUGGAUCCGACUCGGUUGUAACCUUGGAUGAAUGCUACGGCGAAGAACUGGCGGCCGAUGCGGCCACAUCAGAUAUCAAGGCUCAUGUGGAAGACGUUGGGUUCAAAGGCCUCACUGUUCGAGAGGUUACUGGAAAAUCGUUCUCGUCUGUCCAAGUCAAACGAGGCUACACCCCUCGCUUUACAAAGGAAUCUACCGUCCAUUACCUGUCCAAAGAAUUUCAAGUUGACGAGGAUAGUGGCAACAUCGAGCCUCCAAAGCUCUACAUCUACGUUACAGAGCUAGAAGACUACUUGGUGUACUUCUCUGAUUUGCUUGUGGAGACUGAUGACGGGGAAACCAAUGUUAUCCGUGUCAUUGUGCACUCGUACGAUCUCACCAUUCUGAGCAUUUGUCUUUUAUCGUCAUCCAAAACCGUGAGUGAACGAAGACUUUUGCGCCAAGACCAACGGGAGCUUCAGUCCGAGCUAUGCAGCACUUGUGCUACACGGGAAACGUUGAUUCUUUCUUCCACCAAAACCACACAGGAGAUACGAUCCUUGUACUUGGACAACACGGGGAAGAAUGCCAUGGUUACGGAGGCAACGGUCCAAUCCGAUGGGAGCACUGUCAAUGUCCCAGGCUCAGUGCCUUCCGUUUUCUAUACUGGAACGUUCCAUUGCUUUUCCACCACAUUCAACUGCGCUCUUGUGGAGCUACCCACCACCUGCGGUGAUGCUCUGAGUGAUGUUCACUAUAUUUCGGUCGUAACUCUCCAGCACUUGCAGUCUGCUCUGAAUGUCAUGGGCGGUUUGGCGGCGUCAUCAAGUAGUCCGCAAUCAGUGAGAUCGAGGGUCCACUAUGGCAGCAACUAUUGCAAUGCCUUUUACCGCUCGAACGAAAUUACCUUUGGGGAUUGUGAUUGCAUUCGCUGGACCCCUCUCACGACGGUAGACAUCAUCGCGCAUGAGUUAGCUCAUGGCGUCACACGGUACAGCAGUGGUUUGAUCUACGAUGCGCAGAGUGGAGGUUUGAAUGAAGGCUACUCGGAUAUCUAUGGCACAGUUAUAGAAUAUCACGUGAACGAUUCUCUUGAUACACCGGACUUUCUGAUUGGGGAACAGCUUCAAGGUUCUCGUGGUGUUUUGCGGCACAUGGAGAAUCCACCAGAUGACGGUAGAUCCAUUGGAAGUGUCUGUGACUACAGAAGCUUUCUCGACGUUCACCAUAGUAGCGGUGUGCCAAACAAGGCGUAUGUCAAAUCCGUCCGAGAGUGCGAGGCUCAUUCAUGCUCAACAUCCGAGUCCGAAUGCGCCAUACUGCUGGGUAACUUAUUCAUGUACACCAACAUCUAUCGCCUUUCAUCAUCUAGCACAUACUUGGAUGCAGCCACUCAGACCUGCUCAGCAGUUGGCGAGUUCUUCACAAAUACCAGCCCUACCACAUCAUGCACUACGACAGAUGUACUGUCCUUUAUUGUCGCCGGCUGGAUGUCAGUAAGCGUUGAUAUUGACAGCAGCACCUGUGCAGCCACAAACAACUGUCCAGGACAAACGCCAGCCCCCACCCCAGCCCCCGCAACAGAUCCACAGCUAGGAUGUCAGAGUGCUACCUCAGUUUCAAUCCCCUCAACGUUGACUGGGGACACCUCAACAGCUACGACCUAUUCUUCUCGAUCUUGUGGCUCUGCAAGAAACCACAACAGUCCUGGAGUUUGGUACAGUGUUUUCGGAACUGGCGAUUCUGUCAUGGCUUCGUUGUGUAAUACGCCAAGUGGUGAUACCCAGCUCAGUGUUUGGACUGGGUCCUGCUCCAAUUUGCAGUGUGUUGUUGGGAACGACGACUUUUGCUCUGUUAGGUCACAAGUUACUUUCCCAACCACUUCGGGGCAAACAUACUACAUUUACGUCUAUGGAUACCUGGGCGCAACGUUCAGUUAUUCGUUGGACAUUACCACCCUGGCAAGUCCAACUCCGGCACCAACGCCAGCAGGUCCAACUCCGGCACCAACUCCAAAUGAGGUCUUGGAUCCCUCUGUGGGUUGUUCGUCGGCAACAGCUUUGUCCCUUCCAUCCACAACUGAAGCUUCAACAUUGGGUGCGCCAAGGUAUUCUGGUGUUUUCUGUGGUGGUGCGUCUUCUACCACUUCUAGCGCCCUUUGGUACAGCGUGGCUGGCACAGGGGGUGAAAUCACUGCUUCGACGUGCAACUUUGCCAGCUAUGAUACGCAAAUCAGUGUUUGGACGGGAGACUGCGGUUCACUUACAUGUGUAGGUGGGAACGACGAUACGUGCAGUCUGAAGUCUCAGGUUACUUUUUCGACCAUCUCUGGUCAAACCUAUUACAUCAAAGUCUAUGGGUACGCGGGAGGAACCGGAAAUUUUGAGCUUACCUUGGCUUCCGUCACCCCUGCCCCGACCCCUGUCUCCCCUGCCCCUACGCCCGCUCUUGACAUCAAAAGCCUGGAAAUGGGUUGUUUGAUUGCCACUUCUGUAUCAGUUGGUUCAAGCAGUUUGGGAACUACUGUCGGGGCACAAAUGUAUGCAUCGCAACGAUGUGACACUGCUUACCCGCAGAACGUACCUGGCGACUGGUUUUCAGUAGCAGGCACUGGCGGUUCCUUGACUGCAAGCGUCUGCACCGAUACAUUUUAUGACUCCAUGAUUUCAGUUUGGUCGGGCGACUGUGCCAGCUUGGUGUGUGUAGGUGGCAACGACGAUGGCUGCGGCUCUCUUCAAUCCACGGUCAUAUUCGAUUCCACGGUUGGUACCACGUAUUCCAUAUUUGUCCAUGGAUACGCCGGGGACACUGGCUCAUACAACUUGCAAGUCACCGCUACUACUGCUGCGCCAACGCCGUUCCCGACACCCGUUCCAACGCCAUAUCCCACUCCAGGGGGAUCAAGGUCAACUUGGGUUUUUGGCACAGAUUCAAGCAAUGAUGGACUAUACAUCAUUGACAGUGACACUGGCGCAUUGGUGAGUUACAUUGGUGAUCUGACGGGAUAUACCACACCGGUUACCAUGGCGUCUCGAUCCGGAGAAUUGUACAUCUACAACAAUUCCCCAUCACCCGGUCUCCUAAAGGUUGACCCUGUGACUGCAGCGGUAACCCAAAUUUCCUCUGGUGGCUUCAACUAUGCCGGAAGUAUUGCGUUUCGAAAUGGUGUUCUUUAUGCACACUUUCAAACAUCAUCCAGUUUGUAUUCGUUGAAUGUGAACACAGGUGUUGAAACGGUCAUAUGUUCAGGCAUACUGUCGGGCCAAUUUUCAGGCAUGGACACAAACCCUAUCACAGGCCUUCUGCACUUGACCAAGCUCGAACUCAGCACCGCUCCAACCAUGUACACCAUUGAUCCAUCCACAUGCACACUUGUUCUAGUUGGUCAGCUGAGUGUCUCUCUUGGAAGUCUUGAUUCAAUUGUGUGGAAUCCCAACACCAACAAGUUUCUUGGAGUCGAUGGUGUUCUCAAUAACCUUUUUGACUUGGAUGUUGAUGGUACCGUAACGAAUGUGCGUGCUGCUUCAAGUUCUGUGUAUACUCCACAGGGAAUGGCAAUGUAUACGGAUGUCUUCCCAUCAACACAGACGCUGUUUCCCACUCAAGCACCCAUUGAUCGGACAUGCAGUGGAAUUGUGGAAGCAGUAGGCCGGUUUUUCCGAUUCUUUGGUGGCUAA